CCUUGCGCCACACUGAAUGAGAAACUGGACUCGCUGGUUCGCGAGCUGAAUGAGGAGUCGCAGGCCACUGUGGUCCCAGAAGGCAGCCCUCCGGCCCCUGAUGCCAAGGAGAGCCCUUUCCGGCCCAGCCCUCGGCCUCCCCGCGUCUUCAAGUCCAAGGAGCAGCUCAUGCUAAGGGCCAACAGCCUCAAGAAGGCGCUGCGCCAGAUCAUCGAGCAGGCAGAGAAGGCGGUGGACGAGCAGAACAAGCAGACCCAGAGCUACAGGAGCCUCUCGGUGGCCGGCAAGAGGGACAGCAGCGAGGACUUUGCCAAGGAGACCGACGCACCGAAGCCCCGCCGCGACACGGUCAUCUCCACCACUUCCUCCCUCCUCCUGGACCGGCCCGAGAGCUUCACCACCGCCCCCUUCGCUGAGGACCCCGAUGCUGUACAAUUUUCCGAAAGAUGCGUCAUGAAUAACUAUUUUGGCAUCGGCCUGGACGCAAAGAUCUCCCUGGAAUUCAACAACAGGAGGGACGAGCACCCAAAGAAGUGCAGCAGCCGCACCAAAAAUAUGAUGUGGUACGGUGUCCUGGGAACGAAGGAGCUACUGCAGCGGACCUAUAAGAACCUGGAGCAGCGGGUCCAACUCGAGUGCGACGGGGUUCCCAUUUCCUUGCCCAGCCUGCAGGGCAUUGCUGUGCUCAACAUUCCCAGCUACGCAGGUGGCAUUAACUUCUGGGGAGGCACCAAGGAAGACAAUAAUUUCGGGGCUCCUUCCUUCGACGACAAGAAGCUGGAGGUGGUUGCUGUUUUUGGGAGCAUCCAGAUGGCGGUUUCACGGGUCAUCAACUUGCAGCAUCACCGCAUAGCCCAGUGCCGGGUGGUGAAGAUCACGAUUCGGGGAGAUGAGGGUGUCCCGGUGCAAGUGGAUGGAGAAGCGUGGAUCCAGCCUCCGGGGAUGAUCAAGAUCCAGCACAAGAAUCGCGCUCAGAUGCUGACAAGAGACAGGGCCUUUGAGAGCACUCUGAAAUCGUGGGAGGACAAGCAAAAGGGGGAGGGCUACCGAGCCCCAUCCCGGCCUCGGCUCAGCUCCCAGCAGUCCAUGGAGUACCUGGUGGAGGAGGAGGGGGCCCAGAUGCAGCAGCUGGUCCAAGCCACCGAAACCCUCAUUAGCAGGAUCCGUGAGGCUGCCAAGGCCUGUAAAGCCAUGGAGCAGGAGCUGGCGCAUGCUGUGAACAGCAGCUCCCUGGCCCUGAGCGAGGCCUCGUCCUGCAAGAGCAACAGUGGGGCUCCGGAGCAGGUUAGCCGGAGCAUGGCGAUGGAAGUCUCCGUCAGCGUGAAGGCCUUGUACACCGAAACCCGGGCUUUCCUGGAAGGAAGACAGCUGGACUCGCCCCAGCAAGAGGAAGCCCUCCGCCAGGCCCUGGACGUCGUCAGCCAGGAGCUGCGGAAGUUCUCUGACAUCCACUGGAUGGCCCCGAUCUCAAACUCAGUGGAAGAGGUCACUAGCCAGGAGGCUCCCGUGAGCAGCAACAAGGGCAGCCUGAAGUUACGGAUUAAUCUUGCAAAGCCCAAGAAGGAGAAGGAAAAACUCCAGAAGCAGAGAUCUGGUGGCAUCACCCCAGUGGACAGUUGGGGCCCUGAGGAAGUGGCCGCCUGGUUGGAGGCUCUUGACUUAGGGGAAUACAAAGAGCUUUUUGUGCGCCAUGACAUCCAGGGCUCCGAGCUGAUCCUGCUGGAGAGGAGAGACCUGAAGGAACUUGGGAUAUCAAAAGUGGGCCAUCUGAAGAGGAUUCUCCAGGGAAUCAAGGACAGCACCAGCCCGCCGUAGAGAAGGGCCUCUGAAGGGACGGUGGCGUUGCGCUCGGUGGCCCUCCUCCAUUGCCGUGGGGGCCUUGGGGCUGACGGCGUCCAGCUUGAUUGCCAGGCCUCGCCGGCACCGGGCCCCUGAGGUCUUCGUGCAAGGGCCACUCUCCAUCCUCCCAGGCCACGAGUUUACAUUCCCACAUUUGCCAAAGAUCGUGGUUUGGCUGGGCUCGCCCUUCCUUGCCUCCACGUCUCCCCGGUCCACCUGUGUGGCAGCUGCUGUGGUUUAUGUUCAAAAGCUUGAACUGGCUUCUUUUCACGCACCCAUUUGUUCCAUUAAUAUGAGGGCGGGGAGGGAGGCUUCAGCUAUUCUCUUCCAUCAUGUAACACCAGUGGACGCCUCCCCUCGAUUUUGGGCUUGGUGGGGCUGAUGGCACCUGGCUGCAACGCCAUCUGGGGUGCUCCCAGCACCCUAUUCUUGCGGUGCCAGCUUCAGGGUUAGGCAAGGAAGACCGCUCUGCUGUUGACAGUCGCCUGGCAGUGGGAAGCACAACAGAUUCGGCCUUUCCGGUUCUGUCAAAGGAGCAAGGGUCCCCCCGAGGGAGAGCAAAAGGCAGCCGCUGCCUUGCCCUGCUACUGACCCCCGGGCCAACUGGCCCUUUUCCCCCACGCCCCCGGCAAUGGCCCCGGCUGACGUCUGCCACUUUUGGGGUGACUGCAGAGGACCCCUUGUGGUUUUUUUUUUAAAUAAAAGUUUUUUUCACCAGUCAUUUAAGCCUCAGUAGUGGCAUGCAUGCACAUUUCAGAAGACGUAGAAUUCCAGAUAGUUUUCUCUUGUGAUCCAGGGUGUAAGAGGUCACUUGCCAGCUGACCAACUGAUUAUAAACAUGCAAACUUUCAAAUUCUACAGUGUUCUUUAUUAAAAGUUUCCAUCAAAAAUCAUAAGAUGCUCAAAUAAGAAACGCCCUUCCUAACAGUGCUGAUAUUUAGAGAAGGGCUUGGAAAGCAGGGAAGCAAGCCUUUCAGAGGCUGGGGUUAGUGCUGCCCCCUCCCACCUGCAUGGCAGACUGGGCCCUGUGAUGCCAGCGUGGUGCCAGCUUCCCUGCUCUCGGCUGGGUGCUCCUUUUGCCCUUUUCCCCAACUCUUGUUCCCUAUCUGAACCUUUGCCACAUUGAUCCAGUCUGUUGUAAAGUGUGAUAAAAAAUGUACAUACCUUGGAAAGAUAUUUAUUUAAAGAGUAAUAUAUAACUUAAAUUAUUUUUCACCCGUGUUGCGCAAAUGCACUUUGGAAUUGGCUUGCAGGGCCUGGAGCUUUCUGGGAGAGCCCUUCAGCCACAGUGGGCCGCUGCAGUGCGGAGGGGCUUUUAGCAGAAACUGAAAGGGGGGUCACCAAGCCAGGCCACCCUGGAUGCCUGGUUGGGCUGCAAGCACCAGAUGGCAAAACCACGCACCAGCCGACUGCCCAGGGGGACAGAAGACAACCCAGAUGCUGUGGCUGACCAGCAAAUCAGGCACUCAGGCGCGUGGACUUCACAGCUAACCGAGACAGCAGCCAACGCCUCGUACCCCCGUCUGGCUUUCUAGCCCAAGGCUGCCCCGGCUGCUGCUGCCGGUCCCGGAGGGCAGCUGCAGGGAGACAUUGCUGCUGCCACCCCCAAGGCAAGAGGACUGGCAGCCAGCGGUGCCACAUCUUCCCCAUGCUGUGCGUGUGCUGCUGUGCGGCUGGGCAGGGCACCUCUGUGCUGGGACAUGGCCGUGACUGCCUCUCCGUAUGCGAGCAGCGGAGGUGUUCACGUAUCCUUUCUGCCCCAAAGGAACCCGACUCCGUGGGCUUGGCUCCCGGGCAGGCAGGGAAAGCAUCGGCGGCGUCUUGGGCUUACCCAGCAGAGCUGGAGAGAGAUGCCAUCGUGAAGGAUUGCCUGUGGCUGCCCUGGGGCCCAGAACGGCCAGCCGCCCCGCAAAACAAAUCACGAGCAGAUGAAGACAGACCCCUGCCCAAGGGGGAGAAAGGCUGCUGCUUGGGCCCACCACUCUUGCUGAAGGAAGCCGGGAGACUCGGCCCCCAUCGCCGCACGAGCAAAGCUACCCGGCGUUCCUUCCGCCUGCAGGAAGCGGUUCACCUGCUGGGAGCCACCAGCCCAUCCACAAAGCCAUCUUCGAGGCAGCAAGGUGGGCAGACGGGAGGGUGGACUGGUUUACCGAAGCAUUUGGGACGAACUUGGAUAAUUAAGUAAAUGUGAAAUUGCUGCUGUUUCAGAAAAAAUAAUGCUGUUCCUAAAAUUGGGGGAAAGAACCUGGACUGUAGACCCAAAAUUCAGACAUCAUGGUUACAAAAUAAAUCUGAACAUAGAUUUGAUC